AUGAAGCCGUUCGCCAUCACCACGGCGCUUUUUAGCUUGGUCUCCGUAGCACUCGCAGGCGCAAGCACCGAGUCCAAGACAUCAAAAGUCAUCCUUCCUGCCGACUUCAAGCCUCCCCAGGUCUUCAAGAACGCCAAUUUGGUGCACGUCAUCUCCCUCGAGAAGAAUUACGUCAAAGAACAGAUUAAUGUCCUCGUUGAGAACGUCGCGAAGGAGCCACAGACAGAGUACUAUGUGCCAUUUACCACUGAACAGCUACCUCGUGUAGGAGGUUUCGAGGUCAAGGAUCGAAAGGACGCGAACGCCGGACCGUUUGUGGUCGAGACUGUCGAAUACGACACCAACAGUGAUGUUCAGUACUAUCGUAUUCAAUUGCCCACGCCGCUCAAGCCCGGUGCUCAACAAACCCUCGGCAUCACCUACUACUAUCUCAAGGCUUACACUCCUCUUCCUGCGUCCAUUUCUCAGAGGGCCAAGCAGUUCCUCGCUUACGACUUCUCCGUCUACGUACCUUCCGCCUACACCACGAAGAAGCAGAAGACCGAGAUCAAGGCUGGUACUUCCAACAUUCCCGAUUACACAAAGCUCCCUGGAAGCGGCGAUGUCAAGGAGUUCCCUGUCAAGCAGGGCUCCAAGCUCGUAUAUGGACCUUUCGAUGAGAAGCCCGCCGGUGCUGUUUCUCCCGCGCGUGUUCGCUUCGAGUUCCAGAAGCCUGUCACCCACGUCAAGGAGCUUGACCGUGAUAUCGAGGUCAGCCACUGGGGUGGUAACGUCGCUUUCGAGGAGUACUACGAUCUCCACUACCGCGGCGCCAACCUAUCUGGAUCCUUCAGCCGAGGUGACUUUACUAAAGAUCUGAUCCAAGGCAACCGACCCAGCCAUGCGCUCUCCGACAUGCGAGUUCCUCUCCAGGUUGGAAGUGUGGAUGCCUACUACGUUGAUGUUAUUGGCAACAUUUCGACAUCCCGAUUCCGAACCAACAAACGAGAGGCUCUUCUUGAGCUGAAGCUCCGAUACCCUCUGUUUGGCGGCUGGAAGGCCCCUUUCACCAUUGGGUGGAACUCGGAUGCUUCCAACUUUGUGCGCAAGACCCCUACCGGAGGCUAUGUUCUUCGAGUUCCUUUCAUUGAGGGACCCAAGCAGCUUGAGGGUGUUGAGUAUGAGCAAGUCAACCUCAAUGUUCUUCUUCCUGAGGGUGCUGAGAAUGUUCAGUUCUACACCAACGUCCCGGAGUCGUCCAUCGUGUCGACCACGGUUGACCGCACACGAACCUACCUCGACACCAUCGGUAGAACGCAUGUCGCCGUCAAGGCGAGAAAUUUGGUUGACGAGUUCCGAGACCGACAUCUCAUCAUCUCCUACGAUGUUCCUAUGUCGGGCACUAUCCGAAAACCUCUCAUUGUCUUUGUCAGCGCAAUGGCGGUCUUCGUGACCACCUGGGCGCUGGGUACACUGCAGGUGGAAUUUAAGCAGAAGAAAUAG